AUGCCUGCGUGGAACGCGAUUACGUGGAACACGCUGCUGGCGGGGCUCCUUCACCACCGCCGGAUCGACCUCGCCAACUUUGCCUUCGAGAAAAUGCCCGAACGCGACAUGUUUGCGUGGAACUUGAUGCUCGCAGCGUAUGCCCAAAACGGGCACAUGCUGAAAGCCAGAGCGAUGUUUGAUUCUAUUCCCAGUCCGGGGAUCAUCUCUUGGAACAUCAUGAUCCAGGUUUACGGAAAGGAGGGGUUGACAGAACAAGCACUGAAAAUCUUCCACUCCAUGCUUCACAGAGAUACCUACUCGUGGAACUCGCUCGUCGCGGCAUUUGCCCAAAAGGGGGACCUGGAGCGCGCGAGGGUGGUGUUCGAUCGGAUGCCCGAGCAGAGCGUCGUGACGUGGACGGUCAUGGUGUCCGGCUACGCGCAGCACGGCUGCCUGGACGAGGCGGCGGCGCUCUUCGAAUCCAUGCCCAACAAGGACGCCCCGACGUCCUCCUGGGCGUGGAACGCGCUCAUCGCCGGAUUCGGCGAGCUGGGCGACCUCCAAUCCGCUCGCCGCCUCUUCGAUGCCAUGCCCGUCCGCGACGUCGCCUCCUGGAACUCGAUCAUCACGGGCUACGCCGAGAACGGCUGCCUGGACGACGCCAAGAGCCUGUUUGACGCCGCCGAGGAGCAAAACAUCGUGUCGUGGAACUCGAUGAUCCGGGCCUACUCGCGCAACGCCGAGGUCGAGCGGGCGCGCGGGGUCUUCGAUCGGAUGCCCGGCCGCGACACGGUCUCCUGGAACGUCAUGAUCGCGGCGUACCUCCAGCACGGGAGCUUGGAUCCCGCGAAGGAUCUCUUUGAUCUUUCCCCGCAGAGAGACGCGGUGACCGAGACCGCGAUGGUUUAUGGAUAUGCCCAGGCCGGGCAUCUGGCUGUAUCAAGCGCCAUCUUCGAGUCCAUGAAGGAGAAGGAUUCGGUCGCGUGGAAUGUGAUGAUCGUGGCGUAUGCGCAGAAUGGUUUUCUAGCGGAGGCAGCGGAGGUUUUCGACCGAGCGCCGCGGCGAGACGUUGCGUGCUGGAACUCGAUGAUCACCGCAAAUGCCAAGAAUGGGGAUCUGGAGCGCGCCAUUGCGAUGUUUGAGAGGAUCCCCAGCCGCGACUGCGCGUCGUGGGCGGUGAUGAUCUCCGGGCUGGGGCAGUCGGGCCUCUCCCGCGACGCGCGGCGCGUCUUCUCGUCGCUGGAUCUUGAGGGCUGGCGGCCGGACGAGGCCGUGAUGGCGGGGAUGAUCGAGUCGUGCUGCGACGCCGCUGGGAUCGCAAGCGCCCGCGAGUGCGCGGCGGAGCUGGGGCUGGAAUCCCGGCCCGCCAUCGCGAUAGCGCUCGUCAACGCCUACGCUAAGAGCGGCUUCCUGGAGACGGCGGCGGCGGUGUUCUUCCACGGCAUCACCGCGGCGCGCGACGUGGUGGCGUGGACGACCAUGAUCACCGCCACCGCCCAGGCGGGCCACGGCGGCGCCGCCCGCGAGCUCUUCCAGUCCAUGCAGCUCCACGGGAUCAAGCCCAACAGCGUUACCUAUCUCAACAUCCUGUGCGCUUGCAGCUACGCGGGGCUCGUAAUCGAUGCCUGCUGCUACUUGCGAUCCUCCAUCGGGGACUACUGGAUCGCGCCCAAGAUGGAUCACUUCGUGUGCCUGGUGGACAUUCUAGGGCGCGCGGGGAUGAUCGCCGAGGCGGAGGAGGCGCUGUGCGGCAUGCCCUACGAGGCCGACUCCAUCGCCUGGUUGACGAUGCUGGCGGCGUGCAAGAACCACGGCGAAUCGCGGCGGGGGACGGCAGCCGCGGCGGCGAUCCACGAGCUGGAGCCCGGCGCCGCGGCGCUCUAUCUCCUUUCAAGCAAUAUGAGCGUGGAGGAAGCCCACGAAAUUUAG